AUGGCCGAGCCAUCUGCGACAACCCCGCUGCUCGGCGAUGCCCGACAGGAGAACGGCGGCGAAGCGACUGACAACCAAAACAAGGGCUGGAUCGCUAAGAACCUAAAGGUGCGGGAGCUUGUUCUCUUCCUCUGGGCUCUCUUGGCGAGUGCCGCCGUCGUGGUUGUGGCCGUAUGGACCCAACACAAGAGUCAGACUCAUACCCCCGGUCUCCCGGCCAAGAGGAACCUCAUCUUCAUGGUCUCCGAUGGCAUGGGACCUGCCUCCUUGUCGCUCACCCGCAGCUUCCGCCAAUACGUUGAUGGCCUGCCCAUCGACGAUACCCUCGUGCUCGACCAGCAUUUCUGGGGCACAAGCCGUACGAGAUCUACCAACUCCCUCGUCACUGACAGCGCUGCUGGCGCGACCGCUUUCUCUUGCGGAAAGAAGAGCUACAACGGCGCCAUUUCUAUCAUUCCUCCCAACUACGAACCCUGCGGCACCGUCCUCGAGGCCGCCAAGCGAGCCGGCUACACCACCGGUCUCGUCGUCACUACCGACAUCACCGACGCCACCCCCGCCUGCUUUGCUAGCCAUGCGGUGGUUCGCUCUCUGAAUAACGAUAUUGCCGUGCAGGAGAUUGGUGACGGUCCCCUUGGCCGUGUUGUUGACCUCAUGCUCGGAGGCGGACGCUGCCACUUCCUACCCAACACGACCGAGGGUAGCUGCCGUUUCGAUGACCGUGAUAUUGUGGCCCAGGCUAAGAACGACUUUGGCUGGAACUACAUCAAUGACAGGCUUGGGUUUGACAGCCUCAAUGCUGGCGAGGAUGUUACUCUUCCCCUCAUGGGCCUCUUUGCGAGCCGUGAUAUCCCCUUCGAGAUUGAUCGCCGAAACAUGAACAACGUCUACCCUAGCCUUAGUGAGAUGGCCAAAACCGCUAUCCGAGCCCUCGAGAAGGCCACGGAAAACAGCGACAAGGGCUUCUUCCUCAUGAUUGAGGGUAGCCGUAUCGACCAUGCCGCCCAUAACAACGAUCCCGCUUCCCACGUUCGUGAGAUUCUCGAAUAUGAUCGAACUUUCAAGUCUGUGCUUGACUUCUUGGAGGCUAGCAGCACCGAGGGUGUGCUUGUUGCCACGAGCGACCAUGAAACUGGCGGUCUCGUCACUGCCCUCCAGGAACCUGGCCAAGGACCCGUGUACAACUGGUACCCGGCGGUACUGGCAAACAGCAAUGCGUCUGCCGAAUACUCUGCCCUCCGUCUCCGUGAGCACGUUGCAAAGCUUGGCGCCAAUGUUGAAAAGGUGUCUCUCCGAAACUGGAUCAACACCAACCUCGUCAUCCAGGGCCUCGGUAUCACCGACGCUCGCGACUCCGAACUCGACCGUCUAGUUGCUAGCGCUCAGGAUGCCACCUACGUUUUCUCCGACAUGGUUAGCGUGCGCGCCCACGUCGGGUGGACGACACACGGGCACUCCGCCGUUGAUGUCAACAUUUACAGCUCCGGUGGCCCCAGGCCCGCCCAGCUUCGGGGCAAUGUUGAGAACACCGAUGUCGGAAAGUUCCUGCGAGAGUAUCUUGAGGUCGAUGUGGAUUCCAUCACCGAAGAGCUCAAGGACAAGCUAGCCCAGUCAGCCGACGCAGAGGGUCUCGUAGCAUCCCUUGGCAGUGAGGCUGACCACUGGGCCGAACACAAGGUCUCGUUUGAAGACUUGUAA